AUGUGCUCUUUUCAUUAUCUAUCUAUCUAUCUAUCUAUCUAUCUAUCUAUCUAUCUAUCUCCGUUUAUUUGGAUACCUGCGUGUUCAGAUCUAUCUAUCUAUCUAUCUAUCUAUCUCUGUUUAUUUGGAUGUCUGCGUGUUCAGAUCUAUCUAUCUAUCUAUCUAUCUAUCUAUCUAUCUCUGUUUAUUUGGAUCCUAUCUUCAGAUUUAUUUCUAUCUGCCUAUCUCUGUUUAUUUGGAUGCUAUCUGUUCAUCUAUCUAUCUAUCUAUCUAUCUAUCUAUCUAUCUAUCUAUCUAUCUAUCUCUGUUUAUUUGGAUGCCUGCGUGUUCAGAUCUAUCUAUCUAUCUAUCUAUCUAUCUAUCUAUCUAUCUAUCUAUCUAUCUCUGUUUAUUUGGAUGCCUGCGUGUUCAGAUCUAUCUAUCUAUCUAUCUAUCUAUCUAUCUAUCUAUCUAUCUCUGCUUAUUUGGAUGCCUGCGUGUUCAGAUCUAUCUAUCUAUCUAUCUAUCUAUCUAUCUAUCUAUCUAUCUAUCUUAUUUGGAUAUCUAUCUAUCUCUGUUUAUUUUUAUCUAUCUAUCUAUCUCAUCUAUCUCAUCUAUUUGGAUCUAUCUAUCAGAUCUAUCUAUCUAUCUAUCUAUCUAUCUAUCUAUCUAUCUAUCAUCUAUCUCUGUUUAUUUGGAUGCCUGCGUGUUCAGAUCUAUCUAUCUAUCUAUCUAUCUAUCUAUCUAUCUAUCUAUCUCCGUUUAUUUGGAUGCCUGCGUGUUCAGAUCUAUCUAUCUAUCUAUCUAUCUCCGUUUAUUUGGAUGCCUGCGUGUUCAGAUCAAUCUAUCUAUCUAUUUAUCUCCGUUUAUUUGGAUGCCUGUGUUCAUCUAUCUAUCUAUCUAUCUAUCUAUCUAUCUCUGUUUAUUUGGAUGCCUGCGUGUUCAGAUCUAUCUAUCUAUCUAUCUAUCUAUCUAUCUAUCUAUCUAUCUAUCUAUCUCUGUUUAUUUGGAUAUCUAUCUGUUUAUUUGAUGCCUGCGUCUAUCUAUCUAUCUAUCUAUCUAUCUAUCUAUCUAUCUAUCUAUCUAUCUCUGUUUAUUUGGAUGCCUGCGUGUUCAGAUCUAUCUAUCUAUCUAUCUAUCUAUUUGGAUGCCUGCGUGUUCAGAUCUAUCUAUCUAUCUAUCUAUCUAUCUAUCUAUGUUUAUUUGGAUGCCUGCGUGUUCAGAUCUAUCUAUCUAUCUAUCUAUCUAUCUAUCUCUGUUUAUUUGGAUGCCUGCGUGUUCAGAUCUAUCUAUCUAUCUAUCUAUCUAUCUAUCUAUCUCCGUUUAUUUGGAUGCCUGCGUGUUCAGAUCUAUCUAUCUAUCUAUCUAUCUAUCUCCGUUUAUUUGGAUGCCUGCGUGUUCAGAUCUAUCUAUCUAUCUAUCUAUCUAUCUAUCUAUCUCCGUUUAUUUGGAUGCCUGCGUGUUCAGAUCUAUCUAUCUAUCUAUCUAUCUAUCUAUCUCCGUUUAUUUGGAUGCCUGCGUGUUCAGAUCUAUCUAUCUAGCUAUCUAUUUAUCUCCGUUUAUUUGGAUGCCUGCGUGUUCAGAUCAAUCUAUCUAUCUAUCUAUCUAUCUAUCUAUCUAUCUAUCUAUCUAUCUAUCUAUCUCCGUUUAUUUGGAUGCCUGCGUGUUCAGAUCUAUCUAUCUAUCUAUCUAUCUAUCUAUCUAUCUAUCUAUCUAUCUAUCUAUCUAUCUAUCUAUCUUUGCUUCUUAUUUGCAUUGCAGCUGCUUGGUAGUCUGACUUUUUUUUGUUGUUGUUGUUCUUCUUCUUUCUCCCUCUCUCGCUCUCUCUCUCUCUCUCUCUCUCUCUCUGCUUACCUGCCUCCACCCUCUUCUGUUUUCGUCUUCAUAUGUUUCCAUUCUUUGUCGGGAUGA